UCCCAGGUCAAAUAUAAUGUCACAAUCUAUGCCUUACAGAAGAAAUAUGAAUAUAAAAAAAUAUCUGAUGUCAUGUAUAAAAAUUAAAACUGCAAGUUCAACCACAGAAGUUACCCAAUCAGAUUCUCAUUUCUUAGUAGAUGAGUGGGCUGCCAAAUUUCUCUCAGGGGAGUGCAAGUAUAAUCUCCAAGCAAUUAAAGAAACCCAGUUGGGAAUAUAUAUAGAAACUAAGAAGAACCAAGAAUCUUGGAGAUGAAGAGGAGGAGAGAAAUGGAGAAAGGGUCAGAGAUACAAUCUGCCAUUGAAGAGCUUUCCUUGCUGAUCAAACUCAAAACUAGUGAUAACCAUGAUGCUGCUCUCAUACCCACAAGGCCUUUUUUAUAUGUCUGCAAUUUGGUUAUUCAAGUUCUUGAUAAGAUAGGCCCAACAAUGGCAGUUUUGAGACAAGACAUCAACCAGAAUGUUCAGAGAAUAGAGAUGCAAUGUGAUUCUGAUCCUUCUUUAUACUCAAACUUGGUUGAGAUUUUGAAGAAAGAAUCCGAUGAAGCCAAUGCAAGAAAGGGAGCAAGCUGUAGUAAAGCCUUCGUUUGGCUCACCAGAUCCUUGGAUUUUACAGUUGCUUUAUUACAAAGAUUAGUGAAGGAUCCUGAUCAGGAAAUGGAGGAAGCUGUAAAAGAUUCUUACAAUAUUACUCUGAAGCCAUGGCAUGGAUGGAUUUCAUCUGCUGCUUAUAGAGUAGCUCUUAAAUUAAUUCCUGAUACGAAGGCCUUCAUUAAUCUCCUCAAGCGAAAAGAUGAAAACAAUGACACACUUGCAGAGGAUAUGGAAACCUUCAUUUCACUACUAGUGCCUAUUCUAGAAGAGAUUCACUCCAUUCUGAUAUUUUACAGGUUGGAUAAGUUGAAGUCUACCUGAGGAGAUAACACAGAAUCAAAGCGCAUGUACAUAACCUAUAAUUUCCUCCAGUUCCUUUACUGUAAAUAUGAAUUUUGUGAAUAGCUACAUGGAAAAUUUGUUGUAACAUGAACUAAUUACGACAAAUUUUCCAUUUAUCCGAACAUCUUGCAUGUAUUCAAAAAUCUGUAACCACAUCCUCUGCUCUAAAUAAAUUGCAUUUUCCUGAGA